AAUUUGCAUACGUUAAAUGGUUCAGGUUCGAUUCCAGAUUCCAGAUUCACAAGAAUUGUUCAGGUUCGAUUCCAGAUUCACCAACCCACCAAACUUGCAGUUAGGAAAGUGGCAUAGUAGAAAAGCAGAGACCACCAACACCAAUGACCAAACAAAGGAUAAAGGCCCACGUGGCAUUCACUAUUGAAAUUGCCGAGAGGGGAAGGGUUUGGGUUGGGGUAGGUAGCGAGUAGUGACAACUUGACACUACGAUUUCACUCCGUGCAAUAAUAAAUUACACUUUUUGCCAUUGCCACCAACCAAUUAUUUUUUUCCUCUUUAACUUUGUGAACUCAACAAACAAACCAAUUCUCUAUUCUCAAUAGCAAUGGCUUCUUCUCUCUCCACCAAACCUUUCCUCACCGCUUCCAGAACCGAUUCUUUCUCCGCCUUCGGUUCUCAUAAUUCGGAUCUCCGUUCUCUCUCCUCCGUUUACCUCCGUCCUCGCUUCCCCAAGAAACUCCAGAUUCGGGCAGCUGGGAGUUCCUAUGGAAACCACUUUCGGGUUACAACAUAUGGAGAAUCUCAUGGAGGAGGUGUUGGCUGUGUCAUUGAUGGAUGUCCUCCUCGCAUCCCUCUUUCUGAAGCUGACAUGCAAGAGGAUCUUGACAGAAGGAGGCCAGGUCAGAGCCGAAUUACUACUCCCAGAAAGGAGACUGAUACAUGUAAAAUAUUUUCAGGAGUUUCAGAAGGACUCACUACAGGAACUCCAAUCCAUGUAUUUGUGCCCAAUACUGAUCAAAGAGGAAAUGACUAUAGCGAGAUGUCAUUAGCUUAUAGGCCUUCCCAUGCAGAUGCAACCUAUGACAUGAAGUAUGGUGUCAGAUCAGUUCAGGGUGGCGGUAGAUCUUCUGCUAGAGAAACCAUUGGAAGGGUUGCUUCUGGUGCUGUAGCUAAGAAAAUCCUUAAAAACUUUUCUGGAACUGAGAUUCUUGCCUAUGUCUCUCAAGUUCACAAGAUUAUUCUUCCUGAGGACUUAAUUGACAAUGACACACUGACACUUGAUCAGAUUGAGAGUAACAUCGUUCGAUGUCCAGACCCUGAAUAUGCAGAGAAGAUGAUAUCUGCUAUUGAUGCAGUCCGAGUGAAAGGUGAUUCUGUUGGUGGAGUUGUAACAUGCAUUGUAAGGAACUGUCCACGUGGUCUUGGUUCACCGGUAUUUGACAAACUUGAAGCUGAGCUGGCUAAAGCUGCUAUGUCAUUGCCUGCAACUAAAGGUUUUCAAUUUGGUAGUGGGUUUGCAGGUACCUUUUUGACUGGGAGUGAACACAAUGAUGAAUUUUAUCUAGAUCAAAAUGGAAAUAUGAGGACAAGAACAAACCGCUCUGGUGGGAUACAGGGAGGAAUUUCCAAUGGAGAAAUAAUUAAUAUGAGAGUAGCUUUCAAGCCGACAUCGACUAUUGCAAGGAAGCAACUUACAGUGACUCGCGAUAAGAAAGAAACAGAGCUCAUAGCCCGUGGUCGUCAUGAUCCUUGUGUGGUCCCCAGAGCUGUACCCAUGGUAGAGGCCAUGGUAGCUUUGGUGCUUGUGGACCAAUUGAUGGCACAGUAUGCACAGUGUAAUCUAUUUCCCGUGAACUUUGAUUUGCAAGAAUCCAUGUCAACCAAAUUAGAAACAGAAGAAGUGCACUUCUGAAAGAUGAAGAGGGUGCAUCAAUCAGUAAUAUGCCUCAGAUAAAAUCUUUAUUGAGGCUAGUGUUUAGGCAACAGGUACAUGAAAUGUUCAAAUUUCCUCAAGAGGAGCCAGCUCUUGGUCUGCAUGUUGUAUUCUAGCAGAUAUAUAUGUUGGUGGGUGCUAUCUAUUGUUUUGUAUUAGUAUAAAUGUUAAAACUAUUUUUUUUUUUUUUCUUUGUUUUUCUCGUGAACAUUGUUUCUAGAAUUCCAUGCUGCGAUAGCUCAGAUAGAUGUAUUUUUUAUAGUGAAUUGGUAUUUGUUGCAAGAAAUUUUGCAGUUUUUGAAAGUCUGAUUUCUUAUAA